AUGGAUCCAGUUCAAUCUCAUGGAUCACAAAGCUCUCUCCCUCCUCCUUUCCACGCAAGAGACUUCCAGUUACAUCUUCAACAACAACAACAACACCAACAACAACAACAACAGCAACAACAAUUCUUUCUCCAUCAUCAUCAGCAGCAAAGAAACCCUGAUCAAGAUCACGAGCAGCAAGGAGGGUCAAUGAAUAGAUCCAUCAAGAUGGAUCGCGAAGAGACAAGCGAUAACAUGGAAAACAUCGCUAACAAUAGCGGGAGCGAAGGCAAAGAGAUGAGUUUACACGGUGUAGAAGGAGGAAGUGGCGGAGGAGGAAGCGGAGAACAGAUGACAAGAAGGCCAAGAGGAAGACCAGCAGGAUCCAAGAACAAACCUAAAGCUCCAAUAAUCAUUACUCGAGACAGCGCAAACGCGCUUCGAACUCACGUCAUGGAGAUCGGAGACGGAUGUGACAUAGUUGACUGUAUGGCCACGUUUGCAAGACGCCGUCAGAGAGGCGUUUGCGUUAUGAGCGGCACAGGAAACGUUACUAACGUCACUAUACGUCAGCCCGGAUCGCCACCUGGCUCGGUGGUCAGCCUCCACGGCCGGUUUGAAAUCCUUUCCCUCUCAGGAUCUUUCUUGCCACCGCCUGCGCCGCCUGCAGCCACGGGACUUAGCGUUUACCUAGCCGGAGGACAAGGGCAGGUCGUUGGAGGCAGUGUGGUGGGACCCUUGUUAUGUUCAGGUCCUGUGGUGGUUAUGGCGGCGUCUUUUAGCAAUGCGGCGUACGAGAGGUUGCCCUUGGAGGAAGAUGAGAUGCAAACGCCGGUUCAUGGCGGAGGAGGAGUAGGAGGAGGUGGUGGAAUGGGAUCUCCGCCGAUGAUGGGUCAGCAACAAGCUAUGGCUGCGAUGGCGGCUGCUCAAGGGCUGCCACCGAAUCUUCUUGGUUCGGUUCAGUUGCCGCCGCAACAGCAGAAUGAUCAGCAGUAUUGGUCUACUGGCCGGCCACCGUAUUGA